UGGAUAAGGCUAAGCGCUGUGGGCCUGUGGUCAGUCGCUGGCUCUGGUUCACCUAAAGCAGGUGUCGGACCCAGCCCCCAGCCCCAGCACCCGACACUCGGGAGCCAGAGCGAGGAGGAUGCCGCAGGAGCGGACCGUGCGUCUACAAUACGGGAACCGCAUCGAGGCGGUGUGUGUGCUGGGCACUCGGCUCUGGGUAGAUGUCUACAGUGCAGCCCCUGCUGAUGCCAAAACCUUCAGCCUGAAACACACAGCUGCCGUACAAGUAGAGGCAGUGAUCGAUGGGCAGGCUGAGGAGGCCACGGCCAAUGGCAAACAGCGAUGGGCCCUCUCCCCCAGCACCAUUCUCCGUCUCAGCAUGAACCAGCCCAGCACAGAUGUCAGCAGCGAUAAGGUGACCGUCAACUAUUAUGCAGAGGAAAGCAAUACUCCCAUUGAUCAAGCUGGUCUUUUCCUCACGGCUAUUGAGAUCUCCCUGGAUGUGGAUGCAGAUCGAGAUGGAAUUGUGGAAAAGAAUAAUCCUAAGAAGGCAUCCUGGACCUGGGGCCCUGAUGGCCACGGGGCCAUCCUGCUGGUGAACUGUGACAGGGAAAUCCCCUGGCUGCCCAAGGAAGAUUGCUCUGACAACAAGAUCUACACCAAAGAAGACCUGAAGGACAUGUCUCCGAUGAUCCUGAGGACCAAUGGCCCCACCCAACUCCCAAAAGGCUAUGAAAUGGUUCUCUACAUUUCCAUCAGUGACUCGGACAAAGUGGGCGUGUUCUAUGUGGAUAACCCAUUCUUCGGUCAGCGUUACAUCCACAUUCUCGGCCGGCAGAAGCUCUUCCACGUGGUAAAGUACACAGGUGGCAAAGCCGAGCUAGAAUUCUUUGUGGAAGGCCUUCGAUUCCCUGAUGAGAGUUUCUCGGGCCUGGUCUCCAUCCAUGUCACCCUGCUGGAGCUUCUGAUGGAGGGACUUCCCCAAACUCCAAUCUUCACAGACACAGUGAUUUUCCGUGUGGCUCCAUGGAUCAUGACCCCAAAUACUUUGCCUCCUGUAUCAGUUUUAGUGUGCAGCAUGAAGGACAAUUACCUGUUCCUCAAGGAGAUAAAGAACCUGAUAGAGAAAACCAACUGCAAGCUUAAGAUCUGUUUUCAGUAUAUGAACCGUGGGGAUCGUUGGAUUCAGGAUGAAGUUGAGUUUGGCUACAUUGAUGCUCCCCACAAGGGCUUCCCUGUGGUCCUAGAUUCCCCGCGAGAUGGGAACCUGAAAGACUUCCCAGUGAAAGAGCUCCUGGGCCCAGACUUUGGCUACGUCACCCGGGAGCCGCUCUUCGAGGAAGUCACCAGCCUGGAUUCCUUUGGGAACCUGGAGGUCAGCCCGCCUGUGACGGUGAACGGCAAGGAGUACCCCCUGGGCAGGAUCCUCAUCGGCAGCAGCUUCCCUCUGUCUGGUGGGAGACGGAUGACAAAGGUCGUGAGAGAUUUCCUGCAAGCACAGUUAGUACAGGCACCUGUGGAGCUGUAUUCUGACUGGCUGAUCGUUGGCCACGUGGAUGAAUUUAUGACCUUCGUGCCCAUCCCUAACAAAAAGGAAUUCCGGCUGCUCAUGGCCAGUACCUCUGCCUGCUACAAGCUCUUCCGGGAAAAGCAAAAACAAGGGCAUGGAGAAGCCAUCUUGUUCAAAGGCUUGGGGGGCAUGAGCAACAAACGCAUUACCAUCAAUAAGAUCCUGUCCAAUGAGAAUCUGGUGCAGCAGAACCUGUAUGCCCAGCGUUGCCUGGAUUGGAACCGCGACAUCCUGAAAAAGGAACUGGGAUUGACAGAGAAAGAUAUCAUUGAUCUCCCAGCUCUGUUCAAGUUAAAUGAGGAUGGCCAAGCCAUGGCUUAUUUCCCCAACAUGGUGAAUAUGAUCGUGCUUGACAAGGACCUGGGUGUUCCCAAGCCCUUUGGGCCCCUGAUCGAGGAGCAGUGCUGCCUAGAAGCUCAUGUGUGCUCACUUCUGCAACCCCUGGGUUUCUCCUGUACCUUCAUCGAUGACAUUUCCUCCUAUCACAAAUUAAUGGGCGAGGUCCACUGUGGUACCAACGUCUGCCGGAAACCCUUUGCCUUCAAGUGGUGGAAUGUGGUGCCUUAAUCACCAUGGGCGGUCUUGGCAACCCCUUCCCUCAUUCCCUCCACCUUCCCCAUACCUCCUCCCAUAUUCCCAGGUCCAACACCUUCUUGGAAAUUGCUUUUUCUUCAUUGGGCUGGGUCCAUUUUGAUAUCUGCAUGGGGAUGGGCGGGGUCUGGAAAAAAGCUAUGUGUGAUGUAUCUUGUCCCUCACCCCUAGGGUUCUAGAGUCCAUUCGAAUUCAAAUGCAACAGUCUUUAGGUUUCCCAAUCCAUCUUCUCUCCUUGGCCAAAUAAAAAGGGGAGUGGUCAAUUCCUCUGUAGACAAGAGAAGGUCUGAUGGACACCAGACUCAAUUUGACUUUGACCCCCAAGCCCCAUUUAGGAUUCAUCUCUCAAGGGGACGACGAUGGAUGUCCUCAACCACUUCAUUCCUUACCAGCCCUCCUCAUACUUCUGUCCCUGGUUUUCUCCUCAGAGGAUCCAGGCACACUCCUUAAGACCUAUCCAUUACAUCCCACAUGCACAUGUCAACGACAGUGGGCCAGAUGUUCUGCCCCAGGCUAACUACAGGUCCAGGGGACUAACUUCAUGGAUGGUAGGGACAGAGAGGGAAUAGACACAAAAUAUUCUGUGCCAUGCUUGGCAAUAUCAGCCCAAGAAUCCACACUGACAUUUCUAAUUAGUCUGAUUGCCCUCCUCUGUGCCUUUUUUUUUUUCUGGAGUAAGGCCAAGGUUGGGACCAGCCGGUGGGAAAGAUCCUUCUCUAUCCUCAGAGGUUCCAUGGUUUCCACCAUGUUGGGUCCACCCCUAGAGAUGGGAUCAAACAGCCAGUUUAUUUUCCAAGUUCUGGUAAUAGCUUUCCAAGUCAAGAGGAUUAAAUGGCCAAUAGCAUUUCUCCCCAGAGAAGAAAAGAUUCAGUGUUCCUUCAUACUACAUUUCAGUAAUGAGAGCAUCACUCAGAGUCUGUGACUGGGGCUCCAGAGUCAGAGGACGUGAGUUGAAAUCCUAUCUUUGACACUUACCAGUUGAUAAGUGGCUCUUCCAACUCAACAUCAUCCUAUGAUCUCCAAUCCUAUCUCUACUCUCCUCACCCACCCUUCUGUGAAGUUUGUGAAGAAAGAGAUCUCAGGCUGUACCCCCAAGAAUCCAGAAGUAGUACUUAGGACAUUUUCUUAAAA